ACCACCUACUAUAGUCUAUACACCACCAUUGCUUCAUCCCCCAAUCCAUCUCCCCUCUUCCCACAAACCUCUCUCUCUCUCUCUCUCUCUCUCUCACUAACCAGUCACCAAGUCCAGCCAAAAUGCUGGAAGAUUCAGCCUCUGCAAUCCCAUCUUCUUCUCUCUGGGCAUCCAUGAACAGCUGGUUAACCCCCACAGUCCUCUUCCUCCUCCUCAAUCUCAUGAUCGCCACCAUUGCCUUCACCUCCCAUUUCUCCAAAAAAAACCCCUCCCCCGCCGCCGCCGCCCUCGCCAGAUCGCCCUCCCUCCUCCACCGCCUCAAAUCCUUCAACAACCUCUACUCCUCCCCUCCGCCGCCCCCCUCCUCCCUCCACCACAAACAAAUCCCAGAUUCCGACGCCCACGCCACCCACUACUUCUUCCCGCCCCAAGAAACCCCCAUCUCCGCCGCCCAGACCGCCCCGGAAAUCCCGGCCCACUUCGAUUCCCACCAAAAAGCUCCGAUCUUUGCAGAUUUCGAGGAGGCCCACGAGGCGGAGAUGGCGGCGGCGGAGGAGAAUCUUGACAAGAGCAUGGACGAGGUUUACAACCAGCUCGCCGACAGCCACUUCAGCAGAACUAAAUCCGACACGAAGCCCACCGGCGGCGAGAUUCCGGCGAAGCUGGCGGCGAAGAUGCGGAAGUCGGCGAGCGUGAAGUCGCCGUUCAACCACUUCGAGGAGGGGGACAUCGUGGAGGCGCGCCGCCCCGCCACGGCGAGGCCGCCGCCGUCCGCGGCGGCGGACGACGGCGUCGACGCCAAGGCCGACGACUUCAUCAACCGGUUUAAGCAGCAGCUGAAGCUGCAGCGGUUGGAUUCGAUUAUCAGGUACAAGGACAUGAUUGGGAGAGGGAGGUGAAGUUUGGGGGCUAGAAAAGAAAUUAAUAUGUUUUGGGGGGGGUUGUUUUGGAAUUUGUGUUUAGUUGUGGGGUCGUUUUGUAAUUUUCUGGUUUGUGGGGGGUGGUAAAAUGGGGGGUAGGUCUUGGUGAUGUUUGUUUAUCCAUGUGGUUAGUUGGGACCUUUUUGGUAAUGGCUUGGAUUUUGGGGAGGGGUAUUUUGGUCAUUUCCGUUGGUGUUUGCAUUCAUUUUGUAGUGAUAAUAUGGUGGAAAACUUGGGAGGUGGUGAUGAAUGAAUGGCUAAUUAUUCUUA